AUGAAGGGUACUCAAAGAAAACCCAAAAGUCUUCCCCCCCUCGAACCAGAAGUUCUUUCUGUAUUUGUGCCUCCAUUUAUCAGCAGAGAUGAUACUCAGGUGAUGAAUGCUGGUAAUAACUUGAAUAAAAGUAAACGCCGGUCUUUCCGAAAGAAAAAAGAACGACCAAAGAUUGAAAAUGUCAAGACUCUCAAUGGGGAGCAGAAAGCACCUGACACAGAAGAUAUUGCAGUUCCGAAGGACAUUGAUCUUAUUGGCUUGCCACAGCUGUGCUUCCCAGGAGGACUUUGUGUAACUUCUGAAUCAAAAGAGGACCACAUUCAUUUCCUGGUCUUCACAGACGUCUGCGGUAACAGAACAUACGGUGUUGUUGCACAGUACUACCAACCAAUGCAAGAUGGCUGUAUUUCCUCAAAUGGGCAGGUCCAUUGGGAAUCUGCGCAGACUGGGAAGAUGCCUGUCUGUUUUGUACCGUUUGCUGUUUGUGUUAUAUCCAGAUACCCAUAUUUUAACGCCCUCAAGGACUGUCUGUCUUGCUUACUAGUGCAACUACGACAUUUCAAGGAUUUAGAUGCUGAGGAGCACAUAAAAGAAUUUGCAGCAAAGUUAUUUUUAAUACCCAGCCCGCCACCAGGACCACUCCACUUGGUAUUUAAUAUGAAACCACUUCAAAUAAUAAUUCCUUCACAAGAAGAUCCAGACAGUCCAAUUAUUGACUUGGAUCUUCAUCUUCCAUUGCUGUGUUUCAAGCCAGAGCAGGUGCUGCAGAUUAUGACCUGUAUUUUGACUGAGCAGAGAAUAGUGUUCUUCUCUUCUGACUGGGCUCUGCUGACACUCGUUGCUGAAUGCUUCAUGUUGUACCUUCAUCCUCUUCAGUGGCAGCACACGUUUGUGCCUAUUCUGUCUCGUCACAUGCUGGAUUUUGUAAUGGCCCCAACAUCUUUUCUUAUGGGAUGUCAUGUUGAUCAUUUUGAAGAAGUAAGCAUGGAAACUGAAGACUUAAUUCUAAUUAAUAUUGAUAAUGGAGAUAUUACACAUUCAAAAAUGGCUGAAGAGGAACCUGAAAUUCCAGAUGUUCCAGCAGAAGCAGCAGAAACUUUCAUAAAAAGAGUGGAGAGCCUUCAGCUGCAUUAUGAUCUAGAGCUCUGCCAUCUCCGAGCCAGCACAGAUCUCAGUGAACUCCAAAUGCGUAGAAGGGCUUGGCAACAGAAACUGAAUACAGAAGUUCAGCAAACGACUUUGCAGUUGAUUGUUAAUAUCUUCAGGGAAGUAAAAGACCAUCUAAAUUAUGAACAUAGAGUAUUCAACAGUGAAGAAUUUCUGAAAACAAGGGCAAUCGGAGACCAGCCAUUUUACAAAAAGGUUUUAGAGACCUACAUGUUUCACUCUUUUCUUAAAGCUCGUCUGAACAGAAAGAUGGAUGCUUUCGCUCGACUGGAGUUGAGUACCCAGUCUGAAGAGGACAGAUUAAACUUGAUGUUUACCCCAAGAAGACUGACUAUGGAGAAAAUGGCUUCUAAAAGAUUUAAUCCACAGUACCUGGUCACUAGGCGUAUGGUAAUCAGUAUGCCUAAUCUGCAAGAUAUCAAGCUGCCAGAGGGCCCUGCUAGAAAUUCCUCACUCCGAAGAAUAGAAACAGGUGUUGCUGUGAAAAUGCCUUACAAAUCAGUCAGUACCUUCAAAAUCCCAGAAAUUCACUUUCCUCUGAUGUUCCAGUGUGUUCACUCCUACUAUACAGACUUCUUCAACCAUCUCAGCAAAGCUAUAAAUACCUUACCACCUGAUAACUCAGCGUUGCUGGCAAGGUACUUCUACCUCCGGGGACUUAUUAGCUUGAUGCAAGGGAAACUACUCAAUGCACUUUCUGACUUUCAGAACCUAGAUAAAACAGACUUAAGAAUUUUCCCAACUGAUCUUGUAAGAAAAAUAGUGGAAACUAUGUCUCCUUCUGAGCGUUCUCAAGCAGACCGCAAACCUGAGCUGAAGAAGCUGAUAAGCCGAGUGAUGGAAAAACAAAGAGAAGUUAUGAAAAUAGAUGACCACGUAAAACAUUUUGAAUUGCCAAAAACACACAUGCAACUGGAUGAUUUUGUGAAGCGAAUCCAGGAAUCUGGGAUUGUGAAAGACAUAGACACUAUACAUCGGUUAUUUGAUGCCCUGACAGUAGGACAUCAGAAACAAAUUGAUCCUGAAACAUUCAGAGAUUUCUACAACUACUGGAAAGAAACUGAAGCAGAAGCUCAAGAGGUGAAUCUGCCACCAACAGUUAUAGAGCAUCUAGAUAAAAAUGAAUGUGUCUACAAGUUAUCCUGCUCAGUUAAAACUAACUAUGGUGUAGGAAAAAUAGCUCUGACCCAAAAGCGCUUGUUCCUUUUGACUGAAGGAGGAUGUCCUGGCUAUGUCCAGAUUGCUGCUUUCAGGGAUAUAGAGGAUGUGAAGAGCACGACUGUAGCUUUCCUUCUUUUGAGAAUACCUACUCUGAGGAUUAAAACAUUAUCUAAAAAAGAAGUCUUCGAAGCUAACCUUAAAACUGAGUGUGAUCUCUGGUACCUGAUAGUGAAAGAAAUGUGGGCUGGAAAGAAAAUGGCGGAUGAUCACAAGGAUCCUCAGUAUAUUCAGCAAGCGCUGACAAACGUUCUCCUGAUGGAUGCUGUGGUUGGUGCCCUGCAGUCCUCCAAAACCAUAUAUGCAGCCUCUAAACUGUCUUAUUUUGACAAGAUGAAAAAUGAAGUGCCUAUGAUGGUCCCCAAAACAACUUCAGAGACAUUAAAGCACAAAAUCAACCCCUCAGCUGGUGAGACUUUUCCACAGGCAAUAGAUGUCUUGCUUUAUACACCAGGGCAUCUUGACCCUUCAGAAAGACUUGGCAAUGCUCAUCCGAAACUAUGGUGUGCUUUAAAUGAGGGGAAAGUGGUGGUCUUUGAUGCAUCUACCUGGUCUAUUCAACAACACUGUUUCAAAAUGGGCCGCUCUAAACUGACUUGUAUGAUCAUGGUAGAACAGAGUCAAGUGUGGAUCGGUUCUCAAGACUCCAUUAUUUAUAUAAUCAACACCCACAGUAUGUCCUGUAAUAAGCAACUAAAUGAUCAUCGUUCUGAUGUUACAGACAUCAUUGUGGAGAAGAAGAAUGGAAUACCCAGUGAAGCGUACUCAAGCAGUUUAGAUGGAACAGUGAUCGCUUGGAACAUCAGCUCUCUGAAAGUUAACCGUGUCUUUCAGCUGCCCUGCCAAAAUCUCACUUCUAUCAAGCUUCAUAAUGAUCAACUGUGGUGCUGUACUGGAAGUUGCAUACUUGUAGUGUCAACCCAUGAAUUUCGACUACAAAUGAAAAUUGAGCAUCACCUGAAGGAUGUGUGUUCCUAUUUUCUCUGCUUCCAGCUGUUUCCUGAGAGAGGCGAAGUGUGGGCGUCUUACUCAGGGAGUAGUGACCUGUAUAUUUGGAACACCAAAGACUUUACAAGCACACCUCAAAAGAUUCAUCUUCAAGAUUGCUCUGAGAUUACUUGCAUGAUAAGAGUUAAAAAUCAGAUGUGGGUUGGCAGCAGUGGAAGAUCACAAGGCAAAAGCAAAGGGAAGAUCUAUGUGAUCAGUGCCGAGAAGAAGACCGUGGAGAAGGAGUUGGUCGGGCAUGCCGACACAGUGAAGGCGCUGUGCUCGGCAGAGGACAGGUACGUCCUCAGCGGCUCUGGAAAGGAAGAAGGGAAGAUCGCCAUUUGGAAAGCUGAAUAG